AGACACCCCCUCUUCUGGCCAAGGAGGGGAGCGGAAAAGGCCCUGCGGCUCUUCAGCCUGUGAGCUGUGGGGAGAGCUGGACCAGAACUGAGCAGAAGGUCCUGCAGGAGGGAACCCUCCUCCCUUCAGAAGUUCAGCCCUGGACUUCCAUCCGAUGCUGGGAGGCUGAGGGUCCCCGAGGACUUUGCAGCCGGCUCCAUGGCUUGUGCAGACGAUGGCUGAGCCCAGGAAAGCACAGCAAAGCCCAGAUGCUGGACCUGGUGGUUCUGGAGCAUCUCCUGUUCCUUCUUCCCCCAGAGAUGGAGGGCUGGGUGCGGGAGUGUGGAGCAGAGACCAGUUCCCAGGCGGUGGCCCUGGCGGAAGGCUUCCUCCUGAGCCAGGCGGAGGAGCAGAAGGAGCAGCUCCAGCGGCAGAAGUGCUGCACUGUGGAGAUCAGAGAUCCUGGGGGAAAGAAGAACCCAUCAAAUCCCCCUCGGGAGCUAUUUUUCAGGAGGAUCCCUUGGGAAGAUCCAAGUCAGGACCCCUCAGGAGAGAAACAAAGAAUGAAGCUUUCUGGUUUUUAUGGUGGAGAUCAAACAGCGGUUGAACCUCCAAAUCAAGAGGGUCUUGUGUCCUUCGAGGAGGUGGCUGUGUAUUUCUCUGAGGAGGAAUGGUCUCAGCUGGAUCCUGACCAGAAAGCGCUGCAUUCGGAAGUCAUGCUUGAAAACCAUAGGAACGUGGUCUCUCUGGGUAAUAAUGGGCAGGAAAAUCAAGAUUCCUGUGAACUGUUCCAAGUGAUCAAUGCUAAAGAUGGAACGGAGAAGUUUGGAAUUCGAAUGGAAUUUGAAAGCCACGAGAGAAACCAGUCAAAGAAUUGGAAUCAGGAAAGCUCAUCUUCCAGUGAUGCUCCGAUGCAAGACUUUCUUGCCCAAGAAGGGAAAAUAAGGAAAAAAUAUACUGGAAAAAGUAUGAAGCUAAUCAAAGCGGAAGUACAAGUAAAUGAACACUAUUUAACCCAAAACAAAAGAGAAGAUGCUAUAAGAAGACACAACAGACAAAAUUACAAUGGGACAUUCAUUCUUCCUCUUGGGAAUAACUUUCUUAUAUCUCAAAAAGCGAUUGACACAAAAGAGAAGCCUUAUAAAUGUUUGGAAUGUGGAAAAUAUUUUACAACAAGCAUUCAACUUACUAUCCAUAAAAGGAUCCACACAAAGAAGAAACCAUAUAAAUGCAUGGAGUGUGGAAUGACGUUUACUGAUGGCAGUGGACUUACUAUCCAUAAAAGGGUCCACACAGGAGAGAAACCAUUUAAAUGCACGGAGUGUGGAAAGACCUUUGCUCACAACAGUAAUCUUAAAAAGCACAAAAUGACCCACUCAGGAGAGAAACCAUUUAAAUGCCUGGAGUGUGGAAAGACCUUUGCUCAGAACAGUAAUCUUAAAAAGCACAAAAAGGUCCACUCAGGAGAGAAACCAUUUAAAUGCAUGGAAUGUGGAAAGACCUUUGCUCAAAAAUAUAUUCUUAUUUCUCAUAAGAUGAUCCACACAGGGGAGAAGCCAGUUAAAUGCAUGCAGUGUGGAAAGACCUUUGCUCAAAAACAUCAUCUUAUUUCCCAUAAGAUGAUCCACACAGGGGAGAAGCCGUUUAAAUGCAUGGAGUGUGGAAAGACCUUUGCUCGAAGAGCUUAUCUUAUUUCCCAUAAGAGGAUCCACACAGGGGAGAAGCCAUUUAAAUGCUUGGAGUGUGGAAAGACCUUUGCUUGGAGCAGGAGCCUUAGAAUCCAUAAAAUGAUCCACACAGGGAAGAAACCAUAUAAAUGCAUGGAGUGUGGGAAAACCUAUGCUCAAAGAGCUUAUCUUAUUUCCCAUAAGAUGAUCCACACAGGGGAGAAGCCAUUUAAAUGCUUGGAAUGUGGAAAGACAUUUACCCAUGGCAGUGGACUUAGAGACCAUACAAAGCUCCACACAGGAGAGGAACCAUAUAAAUGCAUGGAGUGUGGAAAGAGAUUUUCUCGUCGCAGUGGACUUAGAAGCCACAGAAAGCUCCACACAGGGGAGAAACCAUAUGAAUGCAUGGAGUGUGGAAAGACCUUUGCUCAAAGUAGUCAUCUUAUUUCCCAUAAGAUGAUCCACACAGGGGAGAAACCAUUUAAAUGCAUGGAGUGUGGAAAAAACUUUGCUCGAAGAGAUCAGUUUAUUUCCCAUGAAAGGAUCCACUCAGGAGAGAAACCAUAUAAAUGCAUGGAGUGUGAAAAGAUGUUUACGCGUGGCAGUGAUCUUAAAAGGCACAAAAAGAUCCACACAGGAGAGAAACCAUUUAAAUGUACGGACUGUGGAAAGACCUUUGCUCGUAGAUAUACACUUAUUUCCCAUACGAUGAUCCACAUGAAAGAAGCCAUAUAAAUGUACGGAAUGUGGAAAGACAUUUGCUCAUAGAUAAAAUGUUAUUUCCCAUUAGAAAUUAGGUGAAGGAAUAUUAUUGUUAUGUAGGAAUUAAAUACAAACAGGGUUAAAAAUUAGAAACAUGUUGAUACAAUUAACAGAAGUAUAAAUUAGCUAAUACAAGAAAUGAGUUGAAAUUAUUUUGUUACACUAUCAUUAUUGUUACUAGUAUAUAUGUUGAUAUUCAUUUGCUUUCUUUUUCAUAAAUGAUAUGCCCUGACAA